UACAUUACCGUUUUGUGCUGAUACAAUCUCUUGGACGCCUGAUUCAAAAGGUAUCUUCUUUCCACAGACUGUGCCUUCCAACGAAGGUACAAAUACGGACCAUGCUAAUAAAAUUCAGUAUCACGCUCGGGGAACGGAUAAUUCCAAGGACGUAACAGUCUUUGACUCAAAGAAUGCCGGUGAAUUAGGAAAAGAUACAUACUAUUUCACCCAAAUAAGCCGUGAUGGCCGUUGGCUAGCUGUUACUGGCUAUUAUGAAGCAGCUCAAUACAACAUGGUUUCCUACGCUACCCUUCUGAGCGAACAAACGAUUUCCGAGGAUAUGAAAUGGAUAUCCUUGGCACCUUCGUACGACUUCUCGUUGUUCCCAAUCGGGUUCAUCAAUGACGAAUACUACUUCCAAACAAACAAAGAUGCCCCAAAUUCAAAGGUUGCAAAAAUCAAACUUGAUUGGAGUAAAGCACGUCAAGUGAAAAAAUUUACAGAAUUACAAGACCGUCCACAGGUGAUUGAUGUGAUUCCAGAAAGGGAAGAUGCAUUAAUGCAAACAUUCUCAGGUCCUUAUCUCACUGCCGGGAAUAAUAUCUUGAUCAUUUAUGUUGAGGACGGAAGUAAUGUCUUACAUCUCUUUUCUGCUGAGACUGGAAAGGUGAUUCAACAAAUCAUUCCUCAUGAAAAAGGCACAGUAACCGAGGUGCUGGUUACUCGAAGCAGAGAAUCAUUCACUCUCUCGCUCCAAACUUGGGACACACCAAACAAGAUAUUCGAGCUAAAAUGGGACGGCUAUCAAUUCGAUACCACAACAGUGAGCGUUAGUCAAAUCAAAGGAACAAAUCCGGAUGAUUUUGUGAUUGAAGAAUUACAUGCAACAUCAAAAGAUGGCACUCUUGUGCCAUACUUUAUCACUUAUCGAAAAGGAACAAAUAGAAACGGUAAAAGUCCGGCUUGGCUUCAUGCUUAUGGAGCAUUUGGAGAAGUUGAUAAAUUUUAUUAUAAACCGAAUUAUUUUGAUUUUUUGAGAAGUUAUGAUGGUUAUUUCAUUUGGGGCACGCCACGUGGUGGAGGUGAUCAGACGGGAGGCUGGCAUGAAGCUGCACAAGGCUUAGAAAAGCAAAAAACGUUUGAUGAUAUCAUUGCAAUAGCAGAAGAGUUGAUCAAUCAAAAUUUCACUUCAGCCGGGAAUAUCAUUCUGGAAGGCGUUUCAGUCGGUGGAACAGCUAUGGGCGCAGUGAUGAAUCAAGCAACAGAUCUGUUUGGCGUUGUUCUGAUGACGAGAGCACCUUUGGAUAUCUUUCAACUCGAGACACGCAGCAGUAUUGGCUCUGGAGUGGCUGAAGAAUUUGGAGGUGUCAAUACACCUGAAGGCUUUGAUGCAGUGAUGGCAUGGUCACCAUUACAGAAUCUCGACCCUGACAAACCUUAUCCUGCAGUACUCCUGAUCCCUGCUCAAAACGAUGAACGUGCACCUCCUUCGAGCAAUUAUAAGUUCAUUGCCCAGCUGCAAUACGAUCAUCCAAGUUACAGCAAGCCAAUGCUGUUGUAUGUCGCUCAAAAUGAUAGACGUGUCCGGGCAGACCUUCUUGCAGGCAGCACUCAACUUUGUCUCAUCGAACAAUCACUUGGUAUUUCGAGAAGGAAAUCAUGAGCAUUAUAAUAUACUAAACUCGCUUAAUGCUAAUCAUUCAUCCAUUCAAUCAUGUUUCAUUGGUCUAUAACUCUCUCUUAUUCCGGCAUUCCCGAUCAUUUUUGGCCAUACGUGACAGCUGUAUUUCCUUCUUCCGUGAUUAUUUUUGAUGCUGUGCAGAUUCAAGUCACCGAUCCAUCUGCAUGCAGAAAAAAGACAGGGAUCGUGGGAGAGAAUCUUACCGAGAGUAUAAGACAGUAACUCAUUAUUAUAUAAGUGGCUUUCCUAGAGUGAGAUAUUUUUAAGGGCACAUUGAGCAAUCACAGCCACUUGACAAGGUGGUCAAGUAGGAACGAUACUCCUUAUCGUUGCAUUUAACACGUUGAAUGCCAAGUCUUGAAAGUGUAGCACUGUAUCAGUGUAAGAGGUUGUCUUGCUAUAAAUUAAAAACGCCAACGUAUUUUUGACAUGAAAGGCUAAGUUCAAGC